UCCCACUAGCUGCGGCUGUCAGAGUAGUUUCCUAUUCGACUGCGCAUGCGCAGUUUACCGUCAGAGGGGCGACGCAAGAACGGAUCAAAACAGACGCUUUACAUUAGAUUUUAGGGACUCGGUUGUUAUUUCUAACAACAUUUAUAACAGCAGGCUUCCCAACAUCGAGGAGACUGAAACACCAGGAAAAAUAAACCAGACUAAACCGAAAUUAGUACCGCAGUUACGCAGUCAGACGCCAACUACUAACGAUUCAAGAUCAGUCCAAUGGCAACGUCGUGUGUGACCAAGGUGGAGCUGACGGUCUCCUGUGAAAACCUGCUGGACAUGGAUGUGGGGUCCAAAUCCGACCCGCUGUGUGUCCUGCUCAUGAACACAUCAGGAAACCAGUGGUUUGAGGUCGAUCGCACUGAGAGGGUUAAGAACUGCUUAAGCCCAAAAUUUGCCAAGAAGUUUGUUGUCGAUUACUACUUUGAGGUUGUUCAGAAACUCAGAUUCUGCCUUUACGAUAUUGACAAUAAAACCAUCGAUUUGAGCGAUGACGACUUCCUGGGUGAGUUCGAGUGCUCGUUGGGACAGAUUGUUUCCAGUAGCAAGCUGACGAGACCUUUGGUGCUGAAGAACAAAAAACCUGCAGGAAAGGGAACGAUUACGAUCAGUGCAGAGGAAAUCAAGGACAACAGAGUAGUGAAUUUUGAGAUGGAGGCCAGAAAACUGGACAAUAAGGAUUUCUUUGGAAAAUCAGACCCCUACCUGGAAUUUUACAGGCAGACGGAAACAGGCUGGCAGCUUGCUCACAGAACUGAGGUGGUGAAGAAUAACUUGAAUCCUUGCUGGAAGCCUUUUAAAAUCCCUCUACGGUCUCUCUGUGCAGGAGACAUGCAGAAACCAAUCAAGAUUGAAUGUUACGAUUAUGACAACGAUGGAUCUCAUGAUUUGAUAGGGAUUUUUGAGACCAAUAUGAAGCGUCUGCAAGAGGCAUCCCGCAGCGCUCCGGCAGAGUUUGAGUGCAUAAACAGUAAAAAGAAACAGAAGAAGAAAAAUUAUAAGAACUCUGGAGUCGUGAGUGUGAAGGUUUGUCAGAUUACCAGGGAAUACACUUUUUUGGACUACAUCAUGGGAGGCUGCCAGAUAAAUUUCACUGUGGGCAUAGACUUCACAGGGUCAAAUGGUGACCCCAGGUCACCUGAUUCUUUACAUUACAUCAGUCCUCAAGGUGUGAAUGAAUAUCUCUCAGCCAUCUGGUCAGUUGGCCUCGUGGUCCAGGACUAUGACAGUGAUAAAAUGUUUCCUGCGUUUGGAUUUGGCGCCCAGAUUCCACCUUCAUGGCAGGUGUCUCAUGAGUUUCCUCUCAACUUCAAUCCCACAAAUCCAUUCUGUGCUGGUGUGGAGGGUGUGGUGGAGGCCUACAGGAUGUGCCUUCCUCAGGUCAAACUUUACGGGCCUACGAACUUUGCUCCCAUUAUUAACCACAUGGCUCAUUUCGCACAGCAGGCUUUACAGCAGAACACAGCAUCGCAAUACUUUGUCCUGCUGAUUAUCACGGACGGAGUGAUCACGGACAUGGACCAGACGCGUGGAGCCAUAGUUGCCGCCUCCCGCUUGCCCAUGUCAAUCAUCAUUGUGGGCGUAGGCAAAGCCGACUUCACAGAUAUGGAGAUUCUGGACGGAGAUGACGGGCGACUGAGGUCUAUCACGGGAGAACCGGCCGUACGUGACAUUGUGCAGUUUGUGCCCUUCAGAAAGUUCCAGAACUCUCCUAAAGAGGAGCUCGCUAAGUGUGUUCUGGCGGAGGUUCCUGGUCAGGUCGUCACCUUCUUUAACAUGAUGAAGCUCCCGCCUCCGAAGUCAAACACUCCAGUGGACGCUCCAAAUGGGCCGACACAGAACUGAAGGACUUGUUGACUUCCUUCAUACCGCAUACAACUCCACAACUGGACAUCAUCAACCUACUUAUUUAACUUUAGGCCUUAAAGAGAUAUACCACUAGAUACAUGUGGUUUGUGUUGGUUUCAAUAUCAGUUAUUCCUUUAUUUACUUUU